AGUCCGGAUUAUGGCCAUAACCCAUGUUGGGUACAAUUCGGGCUGGUCCAAUCCAAUCCGAAUUCGGGUUGAGGUUGGGUUGGGUUGGGCCAGAACAACUUGCAGCAGCCCUAGAUGUAACACUGUAACACAACACAUUAGGAAGCUGAAGUCGAGGGCAGAGAGAGUCUGAAAAUGGCGAGUACUCUGGCAAACAGAGCAGCUCCAAUGGAGAAAACGGCUAACUUCUUCAGGGUUUCGUUGAACUUCCUCAGAAAUUUCAGCGCGUCCUCUGCAACCAGUGCUUCUACUUCUACAAAUCCGGCAUCUUCUGUGGCGGAGACGGCUACGAAGAAGCGGAGGCGCAAGAAGAAGAAAAAUCUAAUCGAGGUGGCUAGCUUUCUCCCCAAUUGGGGAAUUGGAUACCACAUGGCUAAGGCUCACUGGACCGGUGUUUCGUAUGAGAUCGUCAAGAUCAAUCUCUACAAGGACGGUAGACAUGGCAAAGCUUGGGGUUUGGUCCAUAAGAAUGGUUUGCCAGCUGCAGAUGCUCCCAAAAAAAUAAGUGGUGUUCACAAGCGCUGUUGGAGAUAUAUUCCAGGCUUGGAGAAAAAAGAAGCAAGCACCCCAAAACCAGGAGUUGUCCCAGGCUUGAAGAAAGAAGAAGAAAGCACCCCAAAACCAGUAGUUGAAGAAGCUUGAUGCUUUUCCUUUGUUCUUCAGGUACUGAUUGCACGGCCUCUCAUGCUCUGAUGUCCUCCUUCCUUUUCGGUUGAGGGUCGAUGCAAUCAAGAGGCAAUUUUUGUCAUGAUUUUAGUCAAUAGGUGGUAUUUUGAAACAGUUCUUUGUUCCCAGAUGUUUUUAUGCUUUAUGUAAGAUCUUCAUGUUCUGUUAAUGGACGUGAACUUGUAGCAAAAUAUGUGGAAUGCAUUGUCAGGUAAUAGAGAUUGAGAUUGAGAUUGAGAAACGUUAGUCACAAUUGUUUUUUUUGGUCUCGGACAUUUUCCUUGCAUGUAACAAUAAGUGUCACCGGGUAUGGCAAUCAUUUAACGAUGUGCAAUUUGCUAGAA